AGUAUCGUAUCUCCAUCAGCGUCUCAAAUAUGGACAUCAUCAAAAUUUGCCUCGGGUUCUCAGACAACCGGGGGGUUGCUCUAAAUGUUUGCUUCCUCGUUUCGCUCAUCGUACUGGUUGAUAUUGAGGCGGCACAACAAGUCGCUGGUGAAGCUGGCAAAGAUGAAAUCCUGAGUAUAUUUGACCUUGAAGAGGCUGCGAUACCUCUUCGUCUCAAAAGAUGGCACUUCAUCCCAUCCCGUCCCCGAUGA